AUGAGGUAUGGUUCUCUUCGCUCAGCGGUGGCCGGCGGCAUCGCCCGCCGCAGUUUCUCCGCACAGAAUCUCGCCGGCCAUCCUGCCCCCGACCGCGGCGGCGUGGGGGACGACCGUCGAAUCGCAUCGGAGCUGCUGGAGUCGCCGGACGUGGCUCACGCCUUGGCGGUCUUUGAGAGGGCGAAAAACCGGACGACGUUCUUGUGGAACUCGAUGAUCCAUAGCUGCUGCAGGCUGUCCUCACCGGAGCUGGCCGUCGCCUUCUACGGGAGGAUGAUGAAGGAGGGCCGGAGGACCAACUUCUUCACCUACCCAUCUCUCAUCAGCGCCUGCUCGAAUCUGGCCACCGCCUGCGAGGGAUCACAGGUCCACUCCCACGCCAUGAAGAUGGGGUUCGAAUCUGACAGGUUCCUCAGGAGCUCGCUAAUUCACAUGUACUCGAGCUUCGGCGAUAUGGGCUCCGCACGGAUCCUGUUCGAUGAAUUGCCCCUGCGAAAUGUCGUGGUGUGGACGGCCCUCAUCAAUGGGUACGCCAAGCAGGGAGAUCUGGAGAAGGCAAAGCAGGUGUUCGACAGAAUCCCCGAGAGGGAUUCCGUCAUCUGGAGCGCCAUGGUUUCCGGGCAUGUUCAGAAUGGCAAGUUCUCCGAAGGACUGAGCUUCUUCCAGGAGAUGAUCUCGGAGGGGGUAGAAGCUACCGAGGGCGCCAUGGUCAGCGCUCUCUCUGCUUGCGCUCAUUUGGGUGCUCUGCAACUGGGGAGGUGGAUCCAUUCUUACCUGGAGAAGAAGAAGAAUAAGAAGCCCGGGCAAUCCAUGGGGAUCAACCUGGGAACCGCCCUCGUCGACAUGUACGCGAAAUGCGGCGCCAUGGCGGCGGCGUUGGAUGUCUUCGAGGCCAUGCCCAGCAGGAACGACUGGACAUGGAACGCGAUGAUGGGGGCCUUCUCCCUGCACGGGCAUGGCCGAGGCGCCGCCGGUCUCGUAGGCAGGAUGCUGAAAUCGGGCUUCUCCCCCGACAAGGUCACCUUCCUCGGCCUCCUGGGCGCCUUCAGCCAUGGCGGAAUGGUCGAGGAAGGCAAAGAAUUUUUCAAAUCCAUGAGCAGCUUCUUCUCCAUGGAGCCCUCGUUGGAGCACUACGCGUGCCUGGUGGACCUCUUGGCCCGCGCAGGGUGUCUGCAGGAGGCCCAGCAGGUCGUCGGGGACAUGCCCAUCGAGCCAGACGCCGGCGUCUGGGGAGCGCUGCUCGGCGGCUGCAGGGUCCACGGAGACGUCGGCCUCGGCACCGCCGUCGGCCGGCGGCUCCUCCGCUUCGAUCAGGGCGGCGCCGGCCGGUACGUUCUUCUGUCGAACAUCUACGCUGCAGCGAGGCGGUGGGAGGACGCAGGAAGAGUGAGGGCUCUAAUGGCGGCACGGGGGGUGAAGCCGCAGGCGGGGAUCAGCUCCGUGGAGAUCGACGGCGUGGUCCACGAGUUCGUCUCCGGCGACCGGGGGCAUCCUCUGGUGGCGGAGAUCUACAAGAAGAUGGAGGAGAUGGCGGAGAGGCUGAGAGGCCGCGGCCACUGCGCCGCCACCGGGGAGGCUCUACUUGAUCUCGACGAGGAAGACAAGGAGCUCCAACUGGCCAGCCACAGCGAGCGGCUGGCGAUCGCCUUCGGCUUGAUCGCUCUGCCGAUCGGAGCUCCGAUCCGCGUGGUGAAGAACCUCCGCGUCUGCGCCGACUGCCACGCCGUGACGAAGUUGCUGUCGGAGAUCUACCAGAGGGAGAUCAUCGUGCGGGAUCGUAAGCGCUUUCACCACUUCAAGGACGGCUCCUGCUCCUGUUCCGAUUACUGGUGA